UGUGCGCUGUGUUCUUCAUCUUAUCCACCGGCUGGAAGGGGCGCACGCUCACCGACUACAGCCGCCGCGGGGACGCCGCUGCCGCCAUGGGAACCUUCGACGCGGCCGUCUUCGGCCUGGACGCGGCGCCUGACCUCCGCCUCGCCGCGCACCAGUACAACCAGCUCCUCCACCUGCUCGCCUCCGCGGACGGCGCCGUCUUCCCCGUCCACCCGGCCACCGCCGCGCGCCGCGUGUUCGCCGGCAUGCUAGAGGCCAGGGCGCCCCCGUCCGAGGCCACCAUCACUUCGCUCGCCUGCAUCGUCGCUGCAGAUGCCGAGGGCGCCUACGAAGCCUUCAGGCUCCUCUCCUCCAUGGGGCAGAAGUACGGCCUCGCGCUGCGCCUCCGGUCCUACAGCCCCGUGCUUGCCGCGUUCCGGCGCGCCGGGGAGGCUGGCAAGGCAUACGCGGUCGAGGCCCACAUGGCGGCCUCCGUUGCAUCGCCGUAAGAUCCCGAGCUCGCGCCGCUCCUUGUGGUCAGCGCGAAGGCCAGGGACGCAGACAAGGCGUUUGAGUAUAUGCACAAGCUGGGUGCCGAAGCCUGAAGGGAUGCCGAGAAGUGCAUCGAGCUAGAUCCUACAUUCUCCAAGGGAUACAUCAGGAAAGGCACAAACCAGUUUUUCAUGAAAGAGUAUGACAAAGCAAUGGAAACUUAUCAGGAAGGCCUAAAGCAUGACCCGAGUAACCAGGAGCUGCUUGAUGGUGUAAAGAGAUAUAUUCAGCAGAUCAACAAGGCGAACAGAGGCAAACUUUACCCCAGAGGAACUGAAAGAGAGACAGGGCAAAGCUAUGCAGGACCCUGAAAUCCAGAACAUCCUGACGGACCAUGUGAUGCGGCAGGUGUUGAUUGAUUUCCAAGAGAAUCCAAGGGCUGCUCAGGACGUCUCGGGAGCAUGAACGCAACGGCGGUCGGGCUUGGGCAUCAUUGGGUUCAAUGAUUGGAGACGUGGCCGUUCGUCCCCGAUGGAUCUCCACCACCACGGCCUGAGAGAGCCUAGAGAAGGGAGGCUACGGACGAGCACCUGUAGGACGACCUGCCAUCACGGCCAGCGCUUGUCGACUCCGACAACAUCCAUGUGGUCAUAGUCGAAUCCUCCUGUCCUCUCGCGCCGUGUAUAUUCAGACUAAUUUGCGUGCGCCGUAGGUUGUAUGAACAUGGAGGUGCAGUCACCCGAGGUGCAGAAGCUCCAUCACCUACCUCUACCUCCUCCACUACGCUGACAAG